AUGGUUAAUCCUGUUAAGAAAGUCAAGAUUGUCAAGAAACGCAUUAAGCCUUUUAUUAGGCAUCAAUCAGAUCGAUACAAAUCUGUAAAGGAAGCAUGGAGAAAACCUAAGGGUAUUGACAAUCGAGUUCGACGUAGAUUUAAAGGUCAAUUUCUAAUGCCAAAAAUUGGCUAUGGUUCAAACAAGAAAACUCGCCAUUUAAUGCCUAAUGGAUUUAAAAAAUUUCUUGUAUCUAAUACUAGAGAAUUAGAAUUAUUACUUAUGCAUAACAAAACAUAUGCUGCUGAAAUUGCUCAUAAUGUUAGUUCAAGGAAUAGAAUUGCGAUUAUUGAUAGGGCUCAGCAAUUAAAUAUUAGAGUUACUAAUGCUAAAGCUCGUGUUAGAUCUCAGGAAGUUGAUUAA